GGCAGCCGGGAGCCCGUCAGGGCACCUCUAGCGCUGCUCCGGCCAUGGAUCCCCUGCCCAAAGACGGCGAGAGCGCGGCGGGCGGGGAGCCCAGCCGGGGCGCUGCCCCCUCCAGCGGGGUGGUGGUGCAGGUCCGGGAGAAGAAGGGCCCCCUGCGCGCAGCCAUCCCCUACAUGCCGUUCCCCGUGGCUGUCAUCUGCCUCUUCCUCAACACCUUCGUGCCAGGGUUGGGAACAUUUGUAUCAGCUUUCACUGUGCUGUGUGGAGCCCGGACUGACCUCCCUGACAGGCACAUAUGCUGUGUUUUCUGGCUGAACAUUGCUGCUGCAUUGAUCCAGAUCCUGACAGCAAUUGUGAUGGUCGGAUGGAUUAUGAGUAUAUUCUGGGGAAUGGACAUGGUCAUUCUUGCAAUUUCACAAGGCUCCAAGGAGCAGGGAAUCCCACAGCAGCUGUAGUGGCUGGGACAAGUAUGUUCAGAGAAACACGGCGAGCGAUUUCCUUGGGCAGCUGUGGGCCACGGACCUUCUCAUUAUCCUUUGUCUCUCUUCUUCCUUUUGUUUUGUGCCUGCCCCCGGUCCACCUGCCUGUCCAGCGGAGCGGAGGUACCGAGCACCCGAGGGAGACUUGCACUGACUGAGCAGCAGAGAUGGGGCGAGCGCAUCGCACCUUGGGACUGGCCCCAGCAAGCCAGCGAUGGGUGGCCAAGGAGGAGGAAGAGGAGGGUGCCAAGAGGAGGGGAGCCCCUGGGCAAGGUGGCACCCAGUCAGGCAGUGGCACCAAGGGGGUGGGAGAUGCUGCACUCUCUGCUGUCCCAGCAGGAAGUGGCCAGAGCUAUUCUGCCUCCUGUUUCGCUUGCUGUUAAAGAAAACCAGCUGUGAACAUCAAAUGCCAAGGAGCUAUUAAUAGGUACAUGUACAGUCUGUAAAAGCAAACAAGUUGUACAAUCUUUCCCCUCCAAGAAGCCAUUCUUGACUGCUUCGUGGCAACAAAUGGCUCAGCCCAGCCUCCUCUGCUGUGUAUUUAUGACGCUUGGCAAAGCUAUAUCAUUGCAAACGUCUUGAGAAAUGUGUACUCUGUAAAUUGUGUUGUACUGCUGAACUGAAUUGGGCUGUUCCCUCCUUCAGUCCAUUGGCACCAUGCAAGCACCUGCCCCCAUCGGCCCCAGGAGGCUCCUGCUAGCAGCAGACAGGGCACCCCAAGCUACCAAAAGCUCUUCCUGUAAAGGCUUUUCCUCCCCUGCCCCUGGAAGGGAUGUGCUGGCAGUGUCUCUUUGCUUUGAAAAUGGAUCCCUGCAGUGUAACCCACGGUACCGACUGACACUGCGGCUCUGCUCUGCUACCCAGGGGCCAGAGGAAUCACCCAGCACCUUCAUUCCCCCCCUGCUGCAGGAGCACACAGCAUCCUGGAGGUCUCACUCGUGCCUGCAGGAGCAAAGCCCUGACCCCCUGCUCAUUGGACACAUCAGCUGAUGCUUCCACCAGAAUAUUCCCCUCUGCCUCCCUUCACAGUUAUAGUGCAGCAAACACCAGAAGGCUGUGGCCGUGCUUCUUGCUGAUUCCUGCACACAAUCCAGCUGCCAACUUGGACUUAGGCGUGUGGCACUGAGCUGGCUCCAUAUCAUCCUUCGCUUUGUGAGAAUAAAUGUUUUAGGUGCAAGCUAAAGAGCAAUAGUAACUGACGAAGACUGCAACUGCUUCGCCACCAUCAGCCAUCAACAAACUAUUUUCUGCUGCUCUUUCCUCAUUGUGAAAACCAGGCUUUUUUUCAGAAAGGGCUGCAAUGAAACAGUUUCAGCCAGGCUCACAUGCUGCUUCACUGCUUGUUGGGAAGCACCGUCAGGUAGAGACCAAACCAAACACUUUUCUGGAUUUGUAGUGAGUCAUCGUAUAGCUUCACAGCUGAAGCACUGCAAUGGGGAGAGCAUGGAAAUGUUGAUGAAUUUGUUGGUGUUGUCGGUUCUGUACUUAUCACAGAAAAGGGGCUGUGGAAAAUGCUCGCUGUCCUGCCCAAAUCCCAAGAAAGCUGCAUGUUCCUCCCCAUGUGCAUCAGCUGCCACACAUUUCACUACAGACUUUUUGCUGGACACUGCUCCUUGGCACAGCCUCUGUGCUGCGGGAUGUUUUACUCAGAGCUCCGCCUCCAGGAAGACCACACGUGAAGACUCACAGGGCCGAUACUCUUCAGGGGCAGCUUUGUUCCAUCCUGGUGUUGCAUUCUCUCCUUUUUGGGAUGAUCCAUGCGCAUGCUCAGCCAACAGAGUCUCCUCUCGCCAUACCACUGCACAGUACCGUGGGGGCACUGCACAGGGCUUUGUCUCACAAACACACUUCUUUUUUUGAGCUAUUCCUUCUGAAUGACACCUUCUACAUGUCAACGCUGGCAUUCAGAAUGGCCCAAGAAGAGCCAUAAAUGCAGACAGACCUAAUGUUCCUUCCAGCCCAAAGUGGAGGCUUCUCCCAGGUGCUCAGUGGCAAUGCACCCCUGCGGUUCCCAGCUGAGGUUUCUCUGUGUUUGUGCACACAGUUCACUUUCAGACAGUUUGGGGAUUCAUUGUCUUAUCUGGAACUCAGCAUUUCCAGCCUACCUGCAUACCAUUCCAAGUGACCAUGGCACCAGAUGAGCUGGAAUCAGUGCAACAAGCCCAGCAGGAGCCCAUGCCACCUACCACCAAUCCUUCGUCCCUAUCAUCUGUAAUUGUGACCUCUCCCUGCACUCACCCAAAGGGCAGCAGCACUCCCUUGGUAUGCUUCUGCCCUAGUGAGGAGGGAACUGAUGCCUGUGUGCAUCAUCUGCUCCCUAUAUGGAGUUGGUGCUGGUGCCCUGACAUUCAGCCUGCAUUCUGUUUCUGUGCUGGUGCCUGACCUGACCCCUGCAGUCAUGGAGGAGGGCUUGUGUGCCCACUGAUGUUGCCAACUGGUUGUGAUGUGCUGUGUUUUGAUACUGUGGAUUUUUUCUCUCUCACUCUCUUUCUCUCUCUCUCUUUUUUUUUUUUUUUUUAAGUUAAAUAUAUUCUAUUGCUGUACAGCUGGAAUGAAACACAUUCUCUUUACGUAGCCCAGAGAACCUCUACCAGGCCUGAAUUUAGAUGAGAUUUCUUCCUAUGGGGCAGCAGAAGCCUGACUGGAGUCCUCACUUCAGUGUGGCCAUCCCUGCGCUGCUGAGACAGUGAGAGCAAAGCCCGCCCUGUAGCUGGCGGGGUGCUGUCUCACCUCGGUCUUUUCUGCAACCUUUGCACUUUGAAACGACUCUGGUCACAUUCCCAUAUGUGAGCCAGUGCCACUGGGCAGGUGGGCUCUGGGGAGGGUAUGAAGUUAUCAUGGUGGGGUUGCAUGGGGUUCCUGCCGGGUGUGUCAGCUACCUGCAGGCUCAGCUGGGGAGUUCUGCUUGGACGAGGUCCCACAGGGCUGACAGCCCACCAAAAUGCAACUGAGUAUUUUGACUGAGCAGUCCCUUUCUGGAUGCCACUAUCCAAGAGCAGCAGUGACCCUUCCCUUUACUCCACAGCUGCUCCACACCAGGCACAUUGCAUACACCAGUCAGGACAUGGAAACCAGCCCCCUCCCAAACACAGGAACCUUCUCGGGCUGCUGGACCCCACCAGCACCAAUCCAGACAUGCUCACGGUGACAGUCAUCACCUGGAAUUGAUCUCCACAGCUGGAGCUCACCUGGGGGCAAAAUAGGAUUAGCACAGGUUGUGUAUGUGCUAAUCUCAUAAACCUUACAGUCAAGCUGUUCAAACAUACACAUGAACCCUAAUAAAGCCAUGAGAGGAGAAAAAAAACUAUCCCAGAAAUGAUAUUGCAGUCACAGUACGCUUUGGAGAGAGUUUGCGAGGGAGAAUCAGAGCCCUGUGGAGGAGGACGGAGGCU